CACAGGCUGUCCGGGCGAGAGUUAGGGGUGCUGUGAAGCGUGGCCAGCUCGCUCUUCGUGUCGUGGUGUCCAGCACGAGAGAAAAGUUGGAGAAAAAGUUUUCCUCUGUGCUACAUCUGGUGGAGGAGAGCAGCCCGAAACCGGGGAUAGUACAAUGAAGCCGUGCGUCCAUCUCCGAGACAAAGCAGCAGGAUGCUACGAAAGGACGGUAUUUCUCACUAAUCAGGGACAUUUCACUUGAACUCACCAAGAGGCCAAACAAAGAAUGAAGCCUCUGCAUGACAAGCUAUGACCCAAAGAACAGCACUGUAGAGCUCACAUUGCAAAGGGAAGACUUAAGAAUGAAGACCAAGUAUGCAAUCGUCUUUAUCUGUAUUGUGGCCCUGGUCAUCAUUGAAAAGGAAAGCAACAUCCUCUCUAGGGUCUCUGACAGAUUGAUCCAGAGGCAGAUUCCGCAGCAGCAGGAUUUCAGCAACAUAACACAAAAGGGCUCCCUGAUGGCACUCAAAAUGCUGCUGUCGCGACUCUCUGGUACAAAGAGGGAUAACUCAAAUUUCUCAGAGGAAGAAGAGGAGGAAGAACUGGAUGAUUCGGGGACAUACAGCUACGCCGGUGGCCGUAAGCACGUAUUACUCUUGGCCACCACACGGACAGGUUCCUCAUUUGUGGGGGAAUUUUUUAACCAGCACGGGGAGAACAUGUUCUAUCUGUUUGAGCCACUGUGGCAUGUCGAGCGCAUGCUGACCCCGGCUGCAGAGGCAAACAAUGGGACAGUGUUGUCGGGAAUUUACCGAGAUGUACUCCAGAGGCUUUUCCUGUGUGAUUUCUCACCUCUUGAGAAGUUCAUCUCUCCCCCACCUCAGGACCAUGUCACCCCAUCUCUUUUCCGCAGAGAGUCUAGUUUAUCACUCUGUGAAGAACGGGUCUGCAGUCCUGUAAUCAGAGAUGUUUUUGAGAGGUAUCACUGUAAGAGUCGUCGCUGUGGGCCACUGAACCUAACUCUUGCAUCUGAAUCCUGCCUUUCCAAACAACACCAUGCCAUUAAGACUGUUCGUGUGCAUCAGCUGGACACACUGCAGCCUUUGGUAGAGGACCCUCGCUUGGAUAUCAAAGUUAUCCAGCUAGUUCGAGAUCCAAGAGCUAUCUUGGCAUCGCGCAUGGUGGCGUUCUCUUCAAAAUAUCACACGUGGAAGGCCUGGGCGCAGAACGGCCAGGUGCCCGAAGAUGAUGAGGAGGUGAAGAGGCUCAAAGGAAACUGUGAUCACAUUAGGAUGUCUGCAGAGGUUGGACUGAGCCAACCUCACUGGCUCAGGAACCGCUACAUGCUGGUCCGCUAUGAGGAUAUCGCCCUCUACCCUAUGCAAAAGGCAGAGGAGAUGUACAAGUUUGCAGGGAUACCAUUUAGUUCCCUGGCCAGGGAGUGGAUACUGAGGAACACCCAGACCACACAGAAAGCCAGCGGGAUUUACUCCACUCAGAAGAACUCAUCAGAGCAGGCAGAGAAAUGGAGAUUUACAAUUCCCUUUACAUUGGCUCAGGUAGUUCAGAGAGUGUGUGGACCCACCAUGAAGCUGUUCGGGUACAGAUUUGUGAAUGAUGAAAUGACACUGACCAACAAGUCCAUUAGUUUGCUUGAGGAUAGAUUAUUUAAUUAAUCAGGAGGUCAACAUACAGCUGUGAAACUGCACAAUACUGCAUGGCAUGCAGUGCAUGUGAGCCAGCAGAAGCCAUUACUGUUCAGAUCAAAACUGUUAAACAAAGGUGCCAUAAAAAUACAAACAAAGGUGCCUCACAUACAGUAAGAUGCUCGCCAAUGAUGUGCCUCAUUGAAAUAAUGAAAAACUACUUGAUAAAGGGAAGUAUUUAUUUGCAUACUGUGUUCACUGAGUAGCCUGAAGAUUAAACUUUGUUUCAUUCUCUUUAUUUCAUUUAGAAAUGAAACAAGCAUUGAUAUCAAGGCCAAAUGUGACAGAUUAUUGUGUAGGAUUUUUGUUAAAUCUUCAUGGUUGAAUUUCAUGUUACAAACUUAAAGUGAAAGUUAUGUGCAUAUGUUAUCUAAGGGAAAUUUUGUCUUAGAGGAUCCUAAGACCUUUUCUUAAUAACACCCAGUUUGGCUGGUUUCAUGUUUUUAUACAUCAGCAUUAGUCUAGGCAUUUGCUAGAGUUAUGUUCGAGUAGACAUGAUGUGCUGUGAUAGAGUUUUACAAAUCUUACUCAGGAAAAGUAUGUUGUGUCUCGAUGACAAGCAUUGAUAUUUUCUCAACAGUGUGCCGUGUAAGAGAAUAGGUUCUUCUUUUGAAAACUCUGAGAUUAGAGAAGAUAAAUUAAGAUUUAUUUAUCAAUUUAAAGAUGAUAUAUGAGAAGUAGUAACACUCAUAUAUCUAUAUGAAAUAUCUACUCAACUAUUUUUUUUUUGUUUUGUUUUUUUUUAAAUUUCUAGCCAGCAGCCUUAACUGCAUCUGUAUUAAAGUAUUUCUCACUUCUCUAAACGUCCAAGUAGGUUUUGUUUAAUUUUGUUGCUUGCGUGAGAGCUGAUCUGUUCUUAUGUUGGUCAUUAAAUGUAAGGUUUUUUUGUUUUCUUUUAAAUCACACAACAACUCAAAGUAAUAAAAUCACCCAAAAAUAUUAAGACCUGCAGA